AGCGGUCGGGACAGGGAGCUCGUGCUUCUUCGGUUGGAGAGUCCGGUGUCGUGAAGGAGCGUCUCCAAAGCGUGACAACCGGGAACCAGAGCGAGCAUGGCGGUCGAGGAGGAAGGUCUCCGAGUCUUCCAGAGCGUCAAAAUAAAAAUAGGAGAAGCCAAGAACAUCCCUCCCUACCCCGGGCCGAACAAAAUGAGGGACUGUUACUGUACGGUGAACCUGGACCAGGAGGAGGUUUUCAGAACCAAAAUCAUCGAGAAGUCGUUAUGCCCGUUCUACGGCGAAGACUUCUAUUGCGAAAUCCCUCGCAGCUUCCGUCACCUCUCCUUCUACAUCUUCGACAGGGACGUCUUCAGGAGGGACUCCAGCAUCGGCAAGGUGGCGGUGAAGAAGGAGGACUUGCAGAAGUAUCAUGGGAAAGACACCUGGUUCCAGCUGCAGCCGGUCAGCGCAGACUCUGAAGUGCAGGGAAAGGUUCACUUGGAGCUGCGUCUGAGCGAGGUCAUCACGGACAGCGGAGUCGUCUGCCACAAGCUGGCAACCCGGGUAUUAGAGUGCCAAGACUUGCCUAUUGUUAACGGACAGUGCGAUCCUUACGCCGCAGUGUCCUUACAGGGGCCGUCCAGAUCGGAAGCCAAAAAGACCAAGACCAAGCGGAAAACCAACAACCCUCAGUACGACGAAGUCUUCUACUUUGAGGUCACGAGACCACUGAACUACACCAAACGGCAGUUCGACGUAGAGGAGGAGGAUGUGGAUAAAUUAGCUCUCAGGGUGGAUCUUUGGAACGCAAGCAACCUAACCAAGUUUGGAGACGAGUUUUUAGGAGGAGUUCGGGUGCCACUGAAGGUUUUGGGUCAGGACGGCAUUCAUGAUGCAUGGUACUUCCUUCAACCGAGGGAUAACGGGAAGCCGGUGAAGGCCGACGAACUGGGUUCUUUAAGACUCAACAUUGUUUACACAGAGGACCAUGUUUUCCCCUCAGAAUGCUACAGCGACCUCACUGACCUGCUGCUGCAGUCUGGAAGGAUGGAGCCCGUGUCAUCGUCAGCAGCCCACAUCCUUGGAGAAGUGUGCAGGGAGAAGCAGGAAGCGGCCGUCCCGCUCGUCCGGCUCUUUCUGCACUACGGCAAAAUCGUGCCUUUUGUGAGUGCAAUCGCCAACGCAGAGGUUAACCGCACACAGGAUCCUAACACCAUCUUCCGGGGAAAUUCGUUAACGUCCAAGUGCAUCGACGAGACCAUGAAGCUGGCGGGAAUGCACUAUCUCCAGGUCACACUCAAACCCAUAAUCGACGAGAUCUGCACUGAGCACAAGCCUUGUGAAAUCGACCCUGUUAAGCUGAAGGAAUCAGAGAAUCUCGAGACCAACAGGGAGAACCUGCGGCAUUACGUGGACCGCAUCUUUAACGUCAUCACUACCUCCGGCGUCAGAUGCCCCACCGUCAUGUGCGACAUUUUUUUCUCACUCCGAGAAUCUGCCGCCACACGUUUCCAAGUGGACCAGGACGUGAGGUACACAGCCGUCAGUAGCUUCAUCUUCCUGCGUUUCUUUGCCCCAGCAAUCCUAUCACCCAACCUCUUUCAGCUCAGGCCCCAUCAUCCAGAUCCUUGCACGUCACGGACUCUGACGCUCAUCUCCAAAACCAUCCAGACCCUGGGAAGCCUCGCCAAGUCUAAAUCGGGCAACUUCAAAGAGGCGUACAUGGCUGCGUUUUACGAUUACUUCAACGAGCAGAAGUAUGCAGAUGCUGUGAAAAAUUUUCUUGAUCUGAUUUCCUCAUCUGGGAGGUGGGACCAGAAGAGCAUCGAGACGCCGAUAAUGUUAAAAGAAGGAUUUAUGAUCAAAAGAGCGCAGGGAAGGAAGAGAUUCGGUAUGAAGAACUUUAAGAAGAGAUGGUUCCGGCUCACUAACCACGAGUUCACUUACCAUAAAACCAAAGGUGAAGAAGCGUUGUGUAGAAUCCCUAUUGAGAACAUCCUGGCUGUGGAGAGAUUAGAGGAGGAGUCUUUCAAGAUGAAGAAUAUGUUCCAGGUAAUCCAACCGGAGCGGGCGUUAUACAUUCAGGCCAACAACUGUGUAGAGGCGCGGGACUGGAUCGACAUCCUAACUAAAGUCAGCCAGUGUAACCGCAAACGCCUGAGCACUUAUCACCCUUCAGCCUACCUCAACGGCCACUGGCUGUGCUGCAAGCAGGCCAUCGACUCUGCUCCAGGCUGCACACCCUGCACCGGCGGCCUGCCUGCAAACAUUCAGCUCGACAUAGACGGAGACAGAGAGACUGAGCGCAUCUAUUCACUCUUUAGCACCUACAUGUCCAAGCUCAUCAAAAUGCAAGAGGCCUGCGGCAGUAAGUCUGUGUAUGACGGGCCGGAACAGGAAGAGUACUCCAGCUUCGUUAUAGACGACCCACAGGAGACCUACAAGAUCCUAAAGCAAAUCGUUGGAGCCGUGCAGAAACUGGAGCAGCAGCAUGCACAGUACAAGCGUGAAAAAUUCAGGAAGACCAAGUAUGGCAGCCAAGAGCAUCCGAUUGGUGACAACAGCUUCCAGUGUUAUAUCCGGCAACAAUCAGAGAGCUCCACCUACUCAAUCUGACCACGCCCAUUACCACAUUGCCCUUCUUUCUGCAACAAAUACCACGACAAUGCCUGUAGAUCACAGAAACAACAAGUCGUGAUCAAUGGGAAGUUGAUAAAGGAGUGCGAGCUCAAGCUAAAAAAAUAAAUAAAAGGAUCUCGCACGAAACUAUCUCUUUUUUGUAUGUUGAACAAACCCAAUCAACAGCUUUCCACAGAACUGUGUGCACUUUAAUCGUCACACCCGCCCCGUUGACGAUGAAGCUCUGCCCCGUGGCAAAUUUUCACUGAGGGACUUUUUUUUAUUAUUAUUAUUGUUUCUUUAGGUCUUGAAAAUUUUAUUGUAGCUUUUCUAAGUCUUCAGGACCAAACUGCAGGUUUGAGAGCCCUCUGCUUUUCACUUUCAAGCACAUCGGUGCAUGCGUUAAUAUGAGUUUGGUGGCUAAUCCCAGCUCAGAAGAGUUAAGAAUUUAUCGACUUCAGCUUUAGGUUGUAAGAACACAAAAUCAUCAGCGUUUAUUAAUGCAUGGUAGCAUUUUACCUCUGGCAAAAUAGCUUUAGCCAAAGUAACAAACAGCUUGAUAAAAAUAAGUCAGAAUAAGUAAGUGCUUGAUUCCUCUGAAUUGGGAUGCUGACUGAAAGGACCUAUCUGAAUCAGAUGUUAACUGUAAUCGUUGUUGUUUUUUUUCUUAUAAUGGCAUUGCUUAAGAGACCUGUAUUAGAUCAACUGUUUAUGCCAUAGUAAAAAGUUUUUUUUGUGCAUCGUGUUCAUGUCCAGACUUGAUCAAGUAUAAUUAUAUGCCUUUUGAGGACUUUUCUUAAAAUCCCCAGCAAAUAUAACAGCAACUGAAGGAUUAAAGCAUACUGGGAAAUGGGGAUUGUGACACCAUGUUCUCAAAAUAUCUACAAAAUCCGAACUGGGUAUAAACUCUGUAUUGACCUGGCAUGUGGCUUGACACUAAAACUUAUUAUUCGGAAAUUUAUUUAAACCCAGUUAUUUUUGUACAUUGAUCCUUUUUUUAAAAGGGAAAAACUCAGAUUAACUGUAAUGUUGUGAAUAAUUUUUAUUUUAUUUUAUGUAACUGGUCAGUUUAAAUGAACCGGUUCUAACAGGUCCCUUUUGCCAGUUAUGCUAUGCCAAUGCCAGACAUUUGUGGUAUUUUGUAUUCUUGUUGUGUUUUAUGUACUGUAAAUAACAUAUUUGUAAUCUGUAUCUUGUACUGAGAUUUUUUUCCUCUGAUGUGUGUGUGUGAGUGUGUGUGUGAGUGAGAAUUAAGGCAUGUCUGAGAAAGAUAUUCUUACCUUAGUAAUUAUCUUUUAUUUUAACAAACAACUUCCCAACACUUAUAAAUGUAACAUACCGAGUGUUCUUUAAAUCAGCACACUUUUGUGUAUUACAGAAAUGUACUAAUGGCCCAGUUCUUUUUCCUACAGUUCAUCCAUUAGUGCAUGUUUUAUUGUGAAUAUAUUGUUUUUAAUAUAAGCCAGACAAUUUUUACUACCCACUUCCAAAAAGGCCCAGUAUUUAUUUUUAUAUCACAAAUAUAACAUUUUGUGAGUGAGAUUAUUUGAGUACAAAAGACUUUCCGUACGCCGAGGUAUGAAAGAUGCAAUAAUUUCCCUGAUCAGUUAUUUUUUGCGAAUGUCUGAUCAAUAACAAAUUAUAGAUGAUAACUCAUUUUAGUUUCAGAUCAGUGCUUCUCACAGUGAUACCUUAAAAAAAAGGGGGGGGGGGAACAGUGUAUUUUGUAUAAAUAUAUAAAGAGUAUUAUUUACAAAAAUGUGAUGUGUAGAGGUUGAUGUGAAAUGGAUGAUAAAAAUGUAGAUGCUUUUUUUUCUCAAAAUGAAGGCAAUAGCAAAUGAAACUGUGAAUGUGUGUUUUAUUCCAUAUAAUGGACAGGAAAAGAAUACCUUUUGAGGCUAUGCUUUACUACAUUAAGCAAGAUUCAAUUAAUUUGCACAGUUUGAAUAAAUCAUGUGCAUAAGAUAAGACUGUAACUUGUGCACACAAGGUACAAUUCAUUCCCAUGUAAUUUGUAAUUUGUUCACACGUUU